AUGUUGGGUACUCCAGUGCCGAUUGAACCGGUGCAUCAUCAUCACCAAUCAGGCAGUUCAAAUGGUGGGCUUAACGAAGAGUCGAAACGGUUGGAAACUUAUUCCAGAUGGCCCAAGCCGUUGAUCAUUAUGCCUGCAAUUCUGGCUCGGUUUGGAUUUUAUUACACUGGAGCAAGAGAUAUAGUCAAGUGUUACUUCUGUCUCGUUGAACUUGGCUCAUGGGAACGAACAGACGAUGCAGCAAGGGAACAUCUACGCUGGUCGCGGCACUGCCCGUUGAUGACGAGGCGCCAGACAAACAAUGUGCCUCUGGACGCAAACUUUCUGAAUGAUGUUCCACAACCUGCGUUCGAUACGGUCGGUGUGAGAAGUCAGCAAGUGUCACCUGCGCAACAAGCAGCCGAAGAACCAAUAGCUCCCCGAUCAUUGAGGCUCACCGAUGCGGUACCGGUAGCAGAGUACAACCGUCAGGUGUUGGCGAAAGAAGUUCAAGCACCCAAAGUACGUGCUAAAUAUCCUUCGUACGUCCAACUUGAGCAACGAUUGAAAACAUUCAACGAUUGGCCGAUUGCACUGCCGCAAAAACCGGAGCAACUGGUUGAAGCAGGAUUUUUUUACACCGGAAAAAGUGACCAGGUGGCGUGUUUCAGCUGUGGUGGACAACUGAAGGGCUGGGUACCGGGUGAUGAUCCCUGGGAGGAGCAUGCUAAAUACUACGAAGAUUGUCACUACCUCAGGCUGAUGAAAACUCGUGCGUUCAUUGAUAACUGCAAAACGCAGACAACACAACAAAUGGCAGAGCCUUCCAAAUUGACCUUUCGUAAGGACAACCUACGGAGAAGCACCGAACCUUCGGAAGAUGAAAAACGCACUGAGCCAGCGGAAUCGAAGCUCUGUAAAGUGUGUUAUGAAAAUGAGUACAACACAGUGUUCAUGCCGUGCGGUCAUGUGGUGGCUUGUGGGCGGUGUGCGGCCUCUGUCCAAAGGUGCCCUUUGUGCAACGAACCUUUUACCAACGUGUUUCGAGUGCGCGAGCGGCUGCUGACCGGUCACGGAAUGCAGCCCGCGACAGCAGACAACUUCGCCGAGUACCUGCUGCACAGCCCCGAGGCAUGGGAGCGAGCUGCCGAGGCGGCAAACGAUGCAGCAAGGGAACAUCUACGCUGGUCGCGGCACUGCCCUUUGAUGACGAGACGCCAGACAAACAAUGUGCCUCUGGACGAAAACUUUCUGAAUGAUGUUCCACAACCUGUGUUUGAUACGGUCGGUGUGAGAAGUCAGAAAGUGUCACCUGCGCAACAAGCAGCCGGAGAACCAAUAGCUCCCGGAUCGUUGAGGCUCACCGAUGCGGUAUCGGCAGCAGCGUACAACCGUCAGGCGUUAGCGAAAGAAGUCGAAAAAUUCAAAGAACGUGCUAAAUGUCCCUCGUACGCCGAAUUUGAGCAGCGAUUGAAAACAUUCGACGAUUGGCCGAUUGCACUUCCACAAAUACCGGAGCAACUGGUUGAAGCAGGAUUUGUUUACACCGGAGAAAGUGACCAGGUGGCGUGUUUCAGCUGCGGUGGACAACUGAAGGGCUGGAUCCCGGAUGAUGAUCCCUGGGAGGAGCAUGCUAAAUACUACGAAGAUUGUCACUACCUCAGGCUGAUGAAAACUCGCACGUUUAUUGAAAACUGCAAAGCCAAGAAAACUCAGCAAGUGGCAGAGCCAUCCGAAUUGACCGUUGGUAAGGACAACGUACGAGAAAGCAGCGAAGCUUCGGAAGAUGAAAAACGCAGUGAGCCAGUGGAAUCGAAGCUCUGUAAAGUGUGUUAUGAAAAUGAGUACAACACAGCGUUCAUGCCGUGCGGUCAUGUGGUGGCUUGUAGGGGGUGUGCGGCCUCUGCCCAAAGUUGCCUUUUGUGUAACGAACCUUUUAUCAACGUGUUUCGACUGCACAUCGUGUAA